UUGGCGCAGAUGCAAAGCAAUUCACCGCCUCGGAUAUGGCUGCCUGGGAAAAAAGAGGCCCAGAGUCAUAGUUACAUGUCCUUCAGCCAGUUCACUUAUUGUCAACUUGAACGUUCCUUCAACUUGACGCACGCCUCAGGUAGGAGUGAUGGAUAUUGGGCUAGUCUUGAUAGUAAAGAAAAUGCCGCAAAUACUUCACCAUCAGCGGCUCGCCAAUUGACCAGAUAUGCCUCGCUGUUUAAUUGUUGGAGGAGGCAUCACCACCUAUGUGAAUUGGAGCCUAGGUAUAUGUCCAUCUGCGCUCCCGCGGGAACCAACCUGCUGAGUAUAAGCCCAACACUUUGUAGGAUUGAUCCCAUGGAUAUUGUCUUCUUCCACCCAUCACCGCGUGCAUGUCUCCACUUGGUCUUAGCAUAA